AUGGAUAAGAUAGUUUCAAGACUUCUAUCAACAGAGGAACAUCCUGACAUUGUUGGAUGUAAAGAUUUUGUAGAGUUUGAUUCAUUAACUACAAAAGAACUCGAUAAAUAUUCUUUAUUUUGUACAGACGAUCCUGUUCUACCAGUUUACGCAGAGCAACAUAAAUUACUCCAAAAAUUAGAUUCUAAAUUUAUAUAUUGUAUUAACUUUCCUUUCAACAAAGUUUAUUUUCAAUUAAAUAACUAUUCAGAUCUAGAAACAUGCUCACUAUACGAAUGUCCUAGUUCUAAAGAUAAAUCAUAUUUAGAAACUGCGAAGCCAAUCGCCAAUUUAAAUUUUUUGGAUAAAUUUAAACCAAAUCGAAUAUCAUCUUUAGAUAUAAUGGAUACAUUUUGUAGUAUUACUCGAUUUGUCUCUCAUUUAGAUACAAAUAAUAGAUAUAUUGUCAAAAUUACAGCUCCUCCAUUUUAUCAAUCGCCAGCAAUAGUUUUAGAUAUCAGUUUUAGAAAGAAAAGAGCAAUUUGUUUAACAUUACUUAAUUCUCUCGAAGAAGAAAUACAGAAACAUCCUUUUAUUAUUUCUCAAGACACGAUAUCGACGAGUUACGUAGGCAAAUCACGAGAACGCUUUUAUACAAAAUUUGACCAGUCAGAAUUUGUCAAAGGAUAUCUAUUUCAUGGCUUUAAAAUCGUAAGUAAACACAUUUUAACGGAAGUUCCUUUAAGUUCGAUACAAACAUGGAGUUCAGUCAUUUAUGGAAAUGAAUUAAAGAACCUUGUGUAUACUAGAAUCCCUCAAAAAGACGAACCCGCAGCUCGAGCAACAAUUUUCGGUAAUAGUAAUGAUUCUGAAGGUUUAUACGAAGAAUCUGAUUCAGAACUAUCAUUAACCAAUAAAAACAUCGAAAAUGAUCCGUCUGCCAUUCAAUUGAAGAAAUUAUUGAAUACAAAUCCAUUAGCAAGUCAAAAUAAUAAUCAAAAUCAAGCCAACCGAGAAAUAAUAUCUAAAACUGAGUUCAAUAAGAUCAUUUCUGUGUUACAACAAGGAGUUGCAGCAUUAAAACCGAAAUUUCAUAAAGUUUUUGAAGUCAAUACAACGUUCAUUAGUGAUUUCAACACAUUUUUGGAAGAAUUAUCAAUAUUGUCGAGGAAAUAUUCGAUUGAUCAAAAGAAUAUUUCAAGAUUCGCUUCUAAAAUGCGCGAUCGUCAACUGAAGACUGAUAAUUUCAAAAUAAGAGCGUCAAUUGUUAAAAUGUCCAAUAGCGCGAGAAGAUUAUAUGAAUUAGUCACAAAGUAUUAUGGUUUCACGCCGUCCACUAAUCCUAUCGGGUUUGUGAAGUCCAAGAAAAGCAAACCUUUGUAUCCAACUGCAGAUCCUGCUGUUCUACAAAAAUUAAAUAAUUUAUUUGUAAAAAAUGUCACUCCUGAAAUACUUGAAAAGGCAAAAUUUGAACAGCAACAACAGCAGCAACAGCAAAAGUCGAAAAUUUCUGGUUCUGACAAUGAACAAAUUGAAAUUGGACUUAAAUCAGAAUCAGAAAGCUCAGAUGAUGAGUUUGUACCUCCCGACCAAGAAUCCCCUGAUGAUUUUGCUGAUUUGAAUACGGGAGCAAGAAAUAUUUUACUUACUCCGCAACCGCCAAGCGAGAAACCUCCAAUUCAAGUAACCAAUAUAAUGCCUCAACCUCCUGUUCAAGUUCCUCCAGCAAUUAGUCAAAAUUUGCCUCAAAAUACUAAUCUUAAUUUGGUCAAUGCUCAAAACAAUCUCCACGACUCACGAUGGAAGGUAGAAGUUAAUAAUACAUUAACACAGAACUUAAACAACUUGAUUCGAAUGGAGAAAACUCAAAAAGCAGUAAAUGUUGCCCAGCCAUUGAUGAUUCAGCCAGUACAGCCUAGUAUGAUCCCUCCUGUUAAUCGUACCAUUCCUGAAUAUAAUAAAAGCGUUCAAAAUAUUCAAAAUCAGAAUAUUAUUCCACAAGGAAUGGCUAUUAACCAUAAUAUACCAAUGCAGAAAAUGCAAGCUCCUCCUCAGAAUAUUUCUAUGCCACAACCACAGCCAGUUCAGCAAAAUAUUCUUAAUUAUGUUAUUUCACCACCAAAACAGCAGCCACCACCACCUCAAACUGUUACUACUCCUACUGUUCCACCUGUACAACCCGUUGAAACUCCGAAACAAUACGCCAAAGUCGGAUUUGAAUUUAUUGCACCAGGAACUGUUAUUUCUGUGCCUAAAGAUGUUAAUGAGAAGUAUGCUAUAUCGAUUCCUUCAUUUUGUUUAACUGUUCCUCGUCAUGCCGCAAAAAUUCUUACUGAUUUCCGACCAAUUAUUAAUAUUUCGGUUGGUGAUUUGGUAAUGCUUGAAGACAACAAUAUAUAUUGCAUUCAAAACAUUUUAAACGAUGUUUUUGUUGGAUUUAAUACAUCUUCUAGAAAGAACAUCAAAAAAAGCGAAAUUAAGAUGAAAUUGCAGUCAGAUAACCAAUCUUUCUCUGGAAACCGCAAGAGACUGUUCAAUGGAGACCGUGUUCGCGUUACAAUUCAAAAUCACCCUGAUGCAACAAUUUUAAGGGUCUACAAUAACAUAGCUUAUAUGAAAUUUGAAGCAAGUGGCUCUGUUUAUUACGAAGCGUUGCCAACUUCCUCUUUGAUUUUGAAUUAG